AUUUAUUAUGAAAUAUCGUUUUCGCUUUCUCACCUCCCUUCGCCUUCUAUCCCUUCCUUCCUUUCUCCCCCACAUACGCAUGCAUUCACACACAUACGCGACCCCCUCCCCCCUUCCAUAAUUGUCUCAUCUCCCUUACCCACUCUCUUCUCUACAACAAACAUGGCCGCUAAAUCUGAUGGUGCACCCGUCUCGUUGCGAAAUGACAUCCUGCCCGAGUGCCUGCCCGGUUCAGAUCAACGUUCGCCUCAGGGCCACCCUGCUAGGAAGCGCUACUCGCUCCACGACUGCAGUUGGACGCUAUGUGCCCUUUUGGUGUUCUUCUCGGACGGGGCCUCAGACCUGUGGCUGGCAGCGGACUACUACCUCAGGCGGAACUACUGGUGGUUUGCAUUGACACUGGUCUUCGUGAUCGUUCCAUCUGUGGUGGUUCAGGUGCUGAGUUUUAGGUGGUUCGCCUAUGAUUAUUCGGAUACCAACGACAGUAGCACAGCCGCUGCAGCAGUGGUCGCAGCAUCGGGCGCGGAGAGCCAUUUCACCACCAAGGACAGCGAUCAACGGGGCGCUGGCCGCGAUGCUGAGGUCGGGACAUUGCCUACGACGGGCACUAUGGGAAGAGCCCGGGGCUGCUGCAGAGCCUUUAUGUGGCUCUUUCAAUGCUUCAUCCAUAUAUUUCAGCUAGCACAGGUCUGGAGGUAAGAUCACUCAUGCUCUCUCAUACACGGAUACUGUACUGGCUUGAGCGUGUGUGUGGUUUUGUGUGUGUGUGUGUGUGUGUGUGUGAGUGUGUGUGACAGGAUUCAGCUAAGAUGGUGAUCAAAGCAUUCUAAAAGCCCUAGUAGCCCUACUAGACUACUAUGUCUGGGUUUGUUAUAACAGCUCAAUCUUGACCUAAUUGUUAAACGAAUUUCCUAAUUUAAGCCUUUUCCCUACAAAAUUAAAGUCAUCCAGAGAGAAGGCUACUGUAUUCACAAUGGGCCCGAUUCCGACUUAGGAAUUUACACCUUUCCUACACACUUCUCAGUAGUUGGUAUUCAGAUUUACACAAGAGAUCCACAUAGCACGUUGGGGGCGAUGAAACAAUGACCACGUUUACAUGCACACCAAUAUCCCGUUAAUAUUAGGGAUACUCAAAUAUUUGUUUUUUACUUGACACAUAUAAACAUAAUAAUCUGUUUACAAUAACCCGAAAAAGCUUGUAUCCCAGUUAUGAGAAACCCGGAUAAGAUGCCUGGGAUAUGCUGAUCUUAGACGGGAUACUGUGGCAUGUACAGUCGUGGUCAAACGUUUUGAGAAUGACACAAAUACUAAUUUUCACAAAGUCUGCUGCCUCAGUUUUGAUGAUGGCAAUUUGCAUAUACUCCAGAAUGUCAUGAAGAGUGAUCAGAUGAAUUGCAAUUAAUUGCAAAGUCCCUCUUUGCCAUGAAAAUGAACUUCAUCCCAAAAAAACAUUUCCACUGCAUUUCAGCCCUGCCACAAAAGGACCAGCUGCCAUCAUGUCAGUGAUUCUCUCGUUAACACAGGUGAGAGUGUUGACGAGGACAAGGCUGGAGAUCACUCUGUCAUGCUGAUUGAGUUAGAUUAACAGACUGGAAGCUUUAAAAGGAGGGUGGCUCUUGAAAUCAUUGUUCUUCCUCUGUUAACCAUGGUUACCUGCAAGGAAACACGUGCCGUCAUCAUUGCUUUGCACAAAAAGGGCUUCACAGGCAAGGAUAUUGCUGCUAGUAAGAUUGCACCUAAAUCAACCAUUUAUCGGAUCAUCAAGAACUUCAAGGAGAGAGGUUCAAUUGUUGUGAAGAAGGCGUCAGGGCGCCCAAGAAAGUCCAACAAGCGCCAAGACCUAAAGUUGAUUCAGCUGUGGUAUCGGGGCACCACCAGUGCAGAGCUUGCUCAGGAAUGGCAGCAGGCAGGUGCGAGUGCAUCUGCACGCACAGUGAGGCGAAGACUUUUGGAGGAUGGCCUGGUGUCAAGAAGGGCAGCAAAGAAGCCUUCUCUCCAGGAAAAACAUCAGGGACAGACUGAUAUUCUGCAAAAGGUACAGGGAUUGAACUGCUGAGGACUGGGGUAAAGUCAUUUUCUCUGAUGAAUCCCCUUUUCCGAUUGUUUGGGCAUCCGGAAAACACCUUGUCCGGAGAAGACAAGGUGAGCGCUACCAUCAGUCCUGUGUCAUGCCAACAGUAAAGCAUACUGAGACCAUUCAUGUGUGGGGUUGCUUCUCAGCCAAGGGAGUGGGCUCACUCACAAUUUUGCCUAAGAACACAGCCAUGAAUAAAGAAUGGUACCAACACAUCCUCCGAGAGCAACUUCUCUCCACCAUCCAAGAACAGUUUGGUGACGACCAAUGCCUUUUCCAGCAUGAUGGAGCACCUUGCCAUAAGGCAAAAGUGAUAACUAAGUAGCUCGGGGAACAAAACAUCGAAAUGUUGGGUCCAUGGCCAGGAAACUCCCCAGACCUUAAUCCCAUUGAGAACUGACAAACUCCAAGCAUUGAUUAUGCAAGAAUGGGCUGCCAUCAGUCAGGAUGUGGCCCAGAAGUUAACUGACAGCAUGCCAGGGCGGAUUGCAGAGGUCUUGAAAAAAAAGGGUCAACACUGCAAAUAUUGACUCUUUGCAUAAACUUAAUGUAAUUGUCAAUAAAAGCCUUUGACACUUAUGGAAUGCUUGUAAUUAUACUUCAGUAUACCAUAGUAACAUCUGACAAAAAUAUAUCAUAACACUGAAGCAGCGAACUUUGUGAAGACCAAUACUUGUGUCAUUUUCAAAACCUUUGACCACGACUGUAAACGUCUUAUCCCCUUUACUGGUUUUCUUUGCGGUCUGCACAGGCUCUGUUUUGCAUAUCAUUGGUGUUGUGUGAUGUUUCCAUCUGAUUGUCAAACAAAUCACUUCAAAAAGUAGGCUACCUGCACAGUUGCAUCCACCAUAAUUCCAGAAUAAUGUAUUUAGCUGAUACUCCGUACUGGACCAUAUAGCAUACUGGCUACUUUCACCCCUCAUUUAGACAACUUUCUGCUUAUCAUUUCCCACAUUUGGUAGGCCAUUUGUUUGUCAACUAUAGUUAGAUACAUGCAGCUUCUCUUCUGUCAUAACAUCUUGCCCCAGAAGACUAAAUAAAGUAGUGCUCACCAGGAUAAUGUCUUACAUUAAUAUAAUUAAUACAUUAGUAAUGUAAUUAACACCAGUAAAGUUGUCCGUUUCGUUUAGGGACCUGGGAGAAAACGCACUAACUCCAAAACAGUGGAAGGAUUGGUCCUGUGCAAAAUGUCAUCAGUUUGAGUGGUUGUAAGGAAAUGAAAAAGCUCUGAAAACGAUGAAACAUGUUCCCUGAUAAGACUUCAGUUUGUCUUGGGUGCAUAUUUAUGUGGUUGAAAUAAUGUCUGCUUGCAUAACAGUGUCAAAUAUAACACAUUACACUUGUUUUUGCAUUUUCUCAAGAGAUGCUGAAAGAAAGAAAUAAUAUUUCUCCACUCCUGUUCCCAAGACAAAAUUAACAUUUGUUGUAUCAUUUGACUGCAAGAAAUGCAUAAUUCUGCAGGAGUUAAUAUUAUAUUAUGCUAUAUGUGAGAGGUUAUAGGCCUACAGUUAGUGUCCAUAUUUCAGUUACUAUUCCAUUUAACCCAUAUUAACUUAAAUGAGGAAUAUUCAGUUUAUUCAUUGAUACAGGGAUACUCCUGAGUGGGAUAUCAAAGGUAAACAGCUUAUCCCGAAUAAGACCUUAAGCGGGAUAUGAGCAACUAUCUAGAAUACUGUGCACAUGUAAACGUGGUCAGUGGAAGCCCAUUCAUUUUCAAUGAAGGAUGCGAAAUGGGCGGGGGACCAUUGGGCGAUGCAAGCAUGGGCGAGAAAUGUGAAACGGGCGGGACCAAAGUUGUGUCUCUGUACACAUACAGAGGGAAGCCUGGCUUCCCUUGGCAUCCAUGAAUACACGCCACUACAUGUCCCAAAUUAUUGCACAACAUUGGCCUAAUAUGAUCCACUAAUGCUAGCGACCCUCAGGAACUGUUUAAACGGAUGUGACAGAGGAAAGAAAGGUAAAUGGAAUGGAAUGAUGCAAAAUGUAAGCUACACAUUGAAGAAAACUAACACCAAAGUGGCAGUUAUAAAUAUAUGCGGGUAUUACUUCGCUUGGGUGUCAAAAUGUAAUCCAUGCAAAUUAUCCAUUUAAAUGUAACUAAAUGUAAUCGAAAAUGUAAUCUAUGUAAUCCCCAAAAGUAAUUAUUUAUCAUGAGAGGGCCAUAAACAAUAACUAGUAAUGCUGCAUACUCAAAGAAAGGUUGACAUCGCACCUUUCUGCUAUAAAAUAGUUAUAAAUUGCUGAGUUGUAGUCAAUUUUGAGGACACAAGCUGAAGUACACAGUACAAAUAUUUAAAAAAUAUGAAAUAUUUUAUAUGAUGUAUUUCCUAUUCAACAAAACUGUAUGAAUAAGGCUUGAAAGGACUUAAAUGCUUUCUAAAUAUAGCAUAAUCAAAUUCUAAAAUGACUAACUAUAAGAUUUCACCUUCCUUAUAACUGUAAAAUACAUAUUUGUAUGUUUAGUGUUAGAUCAAAUUUGCAUAUUUUCUAAAGGUCUCUCUUGAUCAAAACGUCUGCCCCCAUCCCUGUGAACAUAUCACAGAGCUCUAGGAACUCGCCUUUCAUCUCAUAUUAAUAUUGUCCAUCUUUGACAAACAGAUUAAUGGCUAUAAAUCGAUCUCUUAAGGUGGUACCAUGAUGAAACCAUUCUAUCCUGCUGCGCUACGAUGUAAUGAUUGCAGGCAUGUGCUUUGUCAGGGCUGUGAUGUAGGGUUCAGCCAGGAGUUGAUGGACAGUUGGAAGAGCGAAUGAAAUGGUAGGAGGGACAUCCCAGCUUCAAGUGGUUUCAGAUUUCACAUCCUACGUCACACAGGCUCAGAAAAAAUACUACUGUGUACGUGUGAACCAGGGCUAUCACUCAAUGCAAGCCAUUUCGAUAUCCACUACGGUAUCCACAGAUCGAUUUACAGUGGCUUGUUCACCCCCCUUGGAAUUUUUCCUAUUUUGUUGCCUUACAACCUGGAAUUAAAAAAUAUAUUUUGGGGGGGUUUGUAUCAUUUGAUUUACACAACAUGCCUACCACUUUGAAGAUGCAAUAAUGAUAACUAUUCCCCCCCCCCAAAGUCAAUACUUUGUAGAGCCACCUUUUGCAGCAAUUACAGCUGCAAGUCUCUUGGGGUAUGUCUCUAUAAGCUUGGCACAUCUAGCCACUGAGAUUUUUGCCCAUUCUUCAAGGCAGAACUGCUCCAGCUCCUUCAAGUUGGAUGGGUUCUGCUGGUGUACAGCAAUCUUUAAGUCAUACCACAGAUUCUCAAUUGGAUUGAGGUCUGGGCUUUGACUAGGCCAUUCCAAUACAUUUCAAUGUUUCCCCUUAAACCACUCAAGUGUUGCUUUAGCAGUAUGCUUAGGGUCAUUGUCCUGCUGGAAGGUCCGUCCCUCCGUCCCAGUCUCAAAUCUCUGGAAGACUGAAACAGGUUUCCCUCAAGAAUUUCCCUGUAUUUAGUGCCCUCCAUCAUUCCUUCAAUUCUGACCAGUUUCCCAGUCCCUGAUGAUGAAAAAACGUCCCACAGCAUGAUGCUGCCACCACCAUGCUUCAUUGUAGGGAUGGUGUUCUCGGGGUGAUGAGAGGUGUUGGGUUUGCGCCUGAUAUAGCGUUUUCCUUGAUGGCCAAAAAGCUCAAUUUUAGUCUCAUCUGACCAGAGUACCUUCUUCCAUAUGUUUGGGGAGUCUCCCACAUGCUUUUUGGCGAACACAUUUACAUUUACAUUUUAGUCAUUUAGCAGACGCUCUUAUCCAGAGCGACUUACAGUUAGUGAAUACAUAUUUUUGUAUACUGGCCCCCCGUGGGAAUCGAACCCACAACCCUGGCGUUGCAAACGCCAUGCUCUAUCAACUGAGCUACAUCCCUGCCGGCCAUUCCCUCCCCUACCCUGGACGACGCUGGGCCAAUUGUGCGCCGCCCAUUAGUCUCCCGGUCGCGGCCGGCUGCGACAGAGCCUGGAUUCGAACCAGGAUCUCUAGUGGCACAGUUAGCACUGCGAUGCAGUGCCUUAGACCACUGCGCCACUCAGGAGAACACCAAACGUGUAUGCUCAUUUUUUUCUUUAAGCAAUGGCUUUUUUCUGGCCACUCUUCCGUAAAGCCCAGCUCUGUGGAGUGUACGGCUUAAAGUGGUCCUAUGGACAGAUACUCCAAUCUCCGCUGUGGAGCUUUGCAGCUCCUUCAGGGUUAUCUUUGGUCUCUUUGUUGCCUCUCUGAUUAAUGCCCUCCUUGCCUGGUCCGUGAGUUUUGGUGGGCGGCCCUCUCUUGGCAGGUUUGUUGUGGUGCCAUAUUCUUUCCAUUUUUAAAUAAUGGAUUUAAUGGUGCUCCGUGGGAUGUUCAAAGUUUCAGAUAUUUUUUUAUAACCCAACCCUGAUCUGUACUUCUCCACAACUUUGUCCCUGACCUGUUUGGAGAGCUCCUUGGUCUUCAUGGUGCCGCUUGCUUGGUGGUGCCCCUUGCUUAGUGGUGUUGCAGACUCUGGGGCCUUUCAGAACAGGUGUAUAUAUACUGAGAUCAUGUGACAGAUCAUGUGACACUUAGAUUGCACACAGGUGGACUUUAUUUAACUAAUUAUGUGACUUCUGAAGGUAAUUGGUUGCACCAGAUCUUAUUUAGGGGCUUCAUAGCAAAGGGGGUGAAUACAUAUGCACGCACCACUUUUCCGUUAUUUAUAUUGUAGAAUUUUUUGAAAUAAGUUAUUUUUUUCAUUUCACUUCACCAAUUUUGACUAUUUUGUGUAUGUACAUUACAUGAAAUACAAAUACAAAUACAUUUAAAUUACAGGUUGUAAUGCAACAAAAUAGGAAAAACGCCAAGGGGGAUGAAUACUUUUGCAAGGCACUGUUUAAGCAAAAAAAAAAAAAAAAAGGGACCUUACACCUAAGAGGUUUUAAGAGGGCACACAAUUAAAAUUCUGAAUAAUGGCACAGCUAUUUAUAGCUUAUUUCACUGUGGAAAUACAUGUCAUGUUGAUAUGAUUUUCAGUUUGCUUCCAAAUGGCUGGUUUCACAUUUCUCUCCAGGGAUCAUAAGGAAAAAUAAUCUAAAACAAUUGCUAUGUGUAUUUACAAUCCCUUUCUCCAAAUCGAUUACUAAUUUACCUAACUCUUUAUCAAUAGCUCUUAUCCAUUUAUAAAUUAUAUUUCAUGGAGAAUGCUGUUAUUUCUAUCAGAAACAAUUAAGUAGAUGCUUUUUCCACUUGGAACUGGUAGGUUCUCUGGACCUUAUUCAUGGUUUCCUCACACAUAAAUGUGGUGGAAUUAUUAGGGAAUUAAAUCAAGGUCAGAAUACCAUGUAUCUGUAGACACACCUUCAUUUAUUCCAUCUACACCCAAAACAAAUAGCAGGUGAAUAGCAAGGUCAGAAUACCCAUAGAGAGAAAAGUGCAUAAAAAGAUAAUGAAGUUCCAUUUACCCAUGCUUAAAUCGGGUCGGAAUCGGGCCCAUUUUAGUAUCACUUUGAUGUAAGGAGGGUAGGCUCCUCCCUCCUCACGAGCUUCUAGGUCAAUAAUCUUCUGGGGAAAAUCGUCUACUCAUCCACACCAAUCGCCUUAUGAACACAAAAAUCCCUUUUGUCUUCCAUCAUUUGAGUGAGAAAGUGUCUGGGUCUUCUGGGAGAUGGGUCUUUCCUAUGCUAUGUAUUUCCUAACUAUACCAUGCAUAUCUCAUGUGGAAAAGAGGCUAGACAUGUUAGGAGAAUGUAACAAAUAUAUCUCAGUCUCAUUGCAUUUCACACAGAUCUAUUGUGGCUCUGUAGGUCACAGAUACAGACGGAGUAGUCUUCAGAAUCAGCCAUAGUCUGUGAUGAUUGGUUUUGACAGGCUCUAGCUGCUGCCUGGUAGGAAGCUGCUGUAGUGGGAAGAGGGGUAAGCUAAUUAUAUUGACAGCAGCCAGUGAUAUGGACCUCAAAGGCAAAUCAUUCAUUCUCUGUUUCUUUCUAUUCCCCACAUCAUCUCUCUAGGGAUGAUAGCACUAUCUACCUCUCUCUCGUAUCUAUCUCUCUCUCUCUAUCUCUCUCUCUCUCUCUCUCUCUCUCAUUCUCUCUCUCUAUCCUCUCUCUCUCUCUCUCUCUCUCUCUCUCUCUCUCUCUCUCUCUCUCUCUCUCUCUCUCUCUCUCUCUCUCUGUGUUCCCCUGGGACAGAAAGUAGUUUACAUAGUUAGGCAACUCUGAGGAGUCUAUUGAAAGUCUCUGAGGCAAAGUGGAAUUAGCGGUAAGGCCAUUCAAGUUGUUGUGUGUGCUCUGCUCUGUGCGGCUGCUCUCGGACUGACAUGUCUGUGCAUUAAAGAGGAUUACCAUGUUUUACCCUCAGAUGUUAACUCAGGAAUGAGCUGUCACUGAUGCACAGACAGACAGGUGCACUGGGAUAGAGGCGAGGAGAGGCUAAUGAUGCUGUUCUGGACAGCAAAGUCCAGAAAAGGAUGCUUUUGGAUCACUUUGAAUGAGCAUCAUCAUCAGUGGGCAACUAUAGCAUGCAUUCAUGUGUGUACUGUGUGUAUAUGACAUCCCUAGGCAGAGGAAACCAGAACAAAAAGUGUUAUACUAACUCCUGGUUCACUGGGCUCAUUGAGAUACUGUAGUGUAGGGCUCUGUUCUGUCCCAUGAUCCCAUCAUCACUCUAGCCAUCACCGAGACACAUUUAGUUCCUGUUCCACCACCACAGAGAAACACUUCUCUUUCACACAAUCAGUCGGAGGUAAUAACAUGACAAAAACAGUCACUGCAUUUCACUACAUUUAGAGAGGUCAAAUGAGAAAGUAUCAUUUUAUAUUGUCAAAGCGAUCACUUCUGUAGCCUGGAGAGGAAAGGGUGAAGUGACCAGACCCGAUUCAUGCUCAGUGGCACUCUACCAAGAGAUGACACACCAUUACCAGUUAUUCUGUCUGGAUGAAGUGACAGCUCCCAGGCUGUCUGGAGAGUUUGAUGUUCAGUUGCUAGAAUGAGGCUGGACUGAGGCUGCAAUGAGCCAUCUGUCUUGGGAUGGUGCUGGCAUGUGGAUGAAACAGAUUGAUAUGGAGCGUCUCUUGAUAGCUGGGAUUCUUCUCUCGCACAAAUUAUGACAUCAUUCUAAUAUCAUACUCAUGCCUUUCCCUCUCUGUCCCCAUCACCCCACCUCCUUCUUCCCCUCUGAUGUUCCACAGGUAUGUCCAUGCCCUGUACUUGGGGGUGCAGAGUCGCUGGCGUGGGGACCACGAGCGUCGUCACUUCUACUGGCGCAUGAUGUUUGAGAGCGCUGACAUCAGCAUGCUGCGUCUGCUGGAGUCCUUCCUGAAGAGCGCCCCCCAGCUGGUCCUGCAGCUAAGCAUCAUGGUCCAGGCCAGCCAGGUCCUCCCGCUGCAGGGUGAGUCACGGUCUGAACACAAAUACUGACCUGAACCUUAAUAAUUACCAGUGACAUCACCAUCUCAAACUCCCCCAUACAAUCCACUGUGACAGCCUAUCCUUCACAUUGACACGUCCUUUACCUAACUAAAUCACUCACUAGUGACAUCACCAUCUCAAACUACCCCAUACAAUCAGUCUAGCGGUUAAGAGCAUUGGGCCAGUAACCGAAAGGUCGCUGGUUUGAAUCCCUGAGCCGACUAGGUGACAAAUCUGUUGAUGUUCCCUUGAGCAAGGCACUUAACCCUAAUUGCUCCUGGAUAAGAGUGUCUGCUAAAUGACUCAAAUGUAAAAAAAAAAUGGAUAUGUCCUUUACCUUAUUAAUCACUCACUAAUGACAUCCCCCAUAUAAUGACUUUACAACUGCCAGAUUUUCAAUCCACGCAGUUAGUCACCAUUGUUAAUAUAACAAAAAAAUCCCUACACACAGAGAGGGGAAAAAGCUGACACACAUUCCAGCAUACAUACGGUUCUCAAAAGCAGGGAUGGGCAACUAGCGGACAAAUUUAAACAUUUUGCUUAGGGCCCCCAAAAGGUUAGGGCUGGCUCUGACUGCAUGUGUGGGUAUGGAUGUGGGUACGCAGACCAGUGAGCCACUGCGGCCCCUAAGGAGGAGUUCAUUUUUUUGUGGCCCCCACCCCCAUCAAAGUUGCCCAUCCCUGCCCUAAAGCAUUCCUUAACCUACAAUAGAGCCUUCUGCUUCACAUAAGACUCAGCAGCGUUCUCGUGACAGUCAGCACAUUUUACCCUGCUCAAUCUUGAUUAUUCUCUCUCUCUCCCUCUCUGUCUCUUUCCCUCUUUCUCUCUCUCCAGGCCUCUCAGCAUCUGCCUCUCUGGUGUCCCUAUCCUGGAUAAUUGCCUCCUACCAGAAGGUUCUGAGGGACUCCCGGGACGAUAAGCAGCCUAUGUCCUACAAGGCCGUCAGUGUGCAAAUCCUGUGGCACCUGUUUACUAUCGGAGCCCGUACGAUGGCCUUCGCCCUGUUCGCCUCCAUGUUCCAGCUCUACUUCGGUAUCUUCAUCGUGGCCCAUUGGUGCAUCAUGACAUUCUGGAUCAUUCAAGGCGAAACAGACUUCUGCAUGUCCAAAUGGGAGGAGGUCAUCUAUAACAUGAUGGUCGGCAUAGUGUAUGUUUUCUGUUGGUUCAGCGUGAGGGAAGGGCGCACGCGCUGCCGUAUGCUCAUCUACAGUGUGGUUGUAUUCAUUGAGAAUGUGGCACUCACCACAUUCUGGUAUGUGUACCGUGGCCCACAUACCUCUGACUUCAAUGCCCUGAUCAUGGUGUGCAUGGUGGCCAGUAGCUACGCUCUGGGCACCUUCUUUAUGUUUGUCUACUACUGCUUGCUCCACCCUGACGGUCCUAUCUCAGGGUGGGGAUGGGGGGUACCAGAGGAGGUAACAGUGGAGUCCUGCCUUUCCCCAGCUUCCUCUCUCCCUCCAGAUGUAGUGGCCAGCCCCCCCAGGACCCUGCAGAGGACUAAAGGGGGAGACCGUGAGCAGAUGGGAGGGGCUAAUGCAGACGUGUUUCUGGUACGAACACUUAAAAGAGGAGCCAAGCCAACUCUCCCACCCCUCGCCCCUAGGACAGAGGGGCCAGUCAUCCGUAUAGACUUGCCCAGGAAGAAGUACCCUGCCUGGGAUGCCCACUUCAUCGACCGUCGGCUGCGCAAAACCAUCCUGGUGCUCGAGGGUGCUGCUCCGGUCACACCAAGGAUCCAGUACCGCUGUCUGGGCUCACCCACAGAGGUGAUGGAGUAUGAGACCACGGUG